GAGCUGGAAUGGGAGGCUGGAGAGCCGGGGCCGGGGCCCGACCCUAACAGGGUGAGGCUGGCCCGGGGGCAGAGAUGCGAGUGGGUUGAGGGGCAGCCUCGAGAAGGAGACGCUCCCAGGGGUGGCCGGAGGGUGCUCUCAGGGCGCCUUAGCCCAGUCGGAGGCCUCUGGAGGAACCGCACGACGGCCCCGAGAGUGACCUGGCCAGAGGGACGGAAGACAAAGAGGCCGGAAUCCCGCGCCCGCCGCUCCUUGAGCCGAGUCCCGCUCCCGCGAACCCCACAGCACCCGGAGCCCCUGGCCAGCAACCGAACUCGUCCUCAGGAGACCCAUUACUACUGCCCCCCUCGGACUCCCUCUCUCCACCAACUCAGUGUGACUCCCCACGCCCACCGGCCCUCGCUUCAGGAACCAAAACCAAUCCUCCCAAUGCGCGAGGUUUCCCGUCAGUAGUUCCCGAAUAGUUGCUGAGCGGUUACUAACGCUGUGAGGGAAAACAAAGAUCCAGUAUUCAGAGGAAACUCUUCUUACAUUUGAGAGACUCAUCUGCAGGUGACUCUCCAAGGACAUGGGAAAAUAGGUGUAAGCCCUCGAACCCUUAAGUGGCGGGGAGCUGCUUUCUGCUGUGAAUGAUGGCCAAACCCACUCUGAGAGGGAAUGGCACUAACUCUGAGACGUUCCGACAGCGCUUCAGGAGAUUUCACUACCAGGAGGUAGCUGGGCCCCGGGAGGCUUUCAGCCAACUCUGGGAACUUUGCUGUCGUUGGCUAAGGCCGGAGGUUCGCACCAAGGAGCAGAUUGUAGAAUUGUUGGUGCUAGAGCAGUUCCUGACCAUCUUACCUGGGGAGAUCCAGAAUUGGGUACAGGAGCAAUGUCCAGAAAGUGGAGAGGAGGCAGUGGCUCUGGUGGAAGAUUUAGAAAGAGAGCCUGGAAGACCUGGACGUUCGGUCACAGUCUCUGUGAAGGGGCAGGAAGUGCGCUUGGAGAAGAUGACACCCCUGAAAUCAUCACGAGAGUUAUUAAGUGUUCGGCAGGAGUCAGUGGAACCCCAGCCCAGGGGUGUAACCAAGAAAGAGAGGGCAAGGAGCCCAGACCUGGGACCACAGGAGCAGAUGAACCCAAAGGAGAAGCUCAGACCUUUUCAAAGGAGCGGAUUUCCAUUUCCUAAAUCCGGUGUGGUCUCCAGGUUGGAGCAAGGAGAGCCAUGGAUCCCUGAUCUGGGCUCCAAGGAGAAGGAACUCCCAAGAGGCAGUAACACAGGAGACAGACAAAUGCAUGCUGAUCUGUUAUCACCCAAGAGAGAGAGAAGAAGCUGGGUGGACCAGGAUCACUGGGGCUUUGAGGAUGAGAAGGUAGCAGGUGUGCACUGGGGCUACGAAGAGACCAGAACUCUCCUUGCAAUUCUCAGUCAGACUGAGUUUUAUGAGGCUCUCCGAAACUGUCAUCGAAACAGCCAAGUGUAUGGGGCUGUGGCUGAGCGGCUCCGGGAGUAUGGCUUCCUUCGGACCCUGGAACAGUGUCGGACCAAGUUCAAAGGUCUCCAGAAGAGCUAUAGGAAAGUCAAGAGUGGUCACCCACCUGAGACCUGCCCCUUCUUUGAAGAGAUGGAGGCCCUGAUGAGUGCCCAGGUCAUUGCAUUGCCCAGUAAUGGCUUGGAAGAGGCAGCCUCUCACUCUGGCCUGGUAGGCAGCGAUGCCGAGACUGAGGAGCCAGGGCAAGGGGGCUGGCAGCAUGAGGAAGCAGAAGAAGCUAUGGCUGAAGAGUCUGACAGUGAUGAAAUGGGCCAGGAGGCCACCCCCCAAGACCCUGACAACUCAACUGCACCUGUUCUUUUUCGAAGCCCAAGUGGUGUACACUGGGGCUAUGAAGAAACAAAGACUUACCUUGCAAUUCUUAGUGAGACUCAGUUCUACGAAGCCCUCCGGAACUGUCACCGCAACAGCCAGUUGUAUGGAGCAGUGGCUGAGCGGUUAUGGGAAUAUGGAUUCUUAAGGACACCAGAGCAGUGUCGGACCAAAUUUAAAAGCCUACAAACCAGCUAUAGGAAAGUCAAGAAUGGCCAAGCGCCAGAGACCUGUCCCUUCUUUGAAGAGAUGGAUGCUUUGGUGAGUGCCAGGGUUGUUGCCCCGCCCAGUGACAGCCAGGAAGAAGAGACAGCCUCUUGCCCCAUCCAGGAGACCAGUGAGACCGAAGCUGAGAAGCAAGCUGAGGCGGCAGAAGAGACCAUAGAAGAAGAUUCUGAAGAUGAUGAAGAGGAUACUGAGGUACCCCUGGGGGUUGUCAUGACCCGUGCUCCAGUCUUAUUCCAGAGCCCCAGUGGUUUUGAGGCUGGAUUUGAUAAUGAAGAGAAUCUAAAACGAGAUAUUUCUGAAGAAGUACAACUACAUAGAACAUUACUUGCAAGGUCUGAAAGGAAAGUUUCCCGGCAUCUUACUCAGGGUAAAUGUGGUGAGAGUGAAUGUAGAUCAGGACAACAGUGGGAAAAGACCCCAGGGGAGAGAAGAGGAAAACCAACACCCCCAGAGAGGAGUUUAGGUAAAGUUCUAAAUCAUCAGAGUCCUUACUUGGGAGAGAGACCCUGUAAAUAUCUCAGAUACAGCAAAAGCUUUGGUCCCAACUCCCACCUCAUGCAUCAGAUAUCUCAUCAAGUGGAAAAUCCAUAUAAAUGUGCUGAUUGUGGGAAAAGCUUCAGUCGGAGUGCACGCCUCAUUAGACACCGGAGAAUCCACACUGGAGAGAAACCUUAUAAGUGUCUUGACUGUGGGAAAAGUUUCCGUGACAGUUCAAACUUCAUCACCCACAGAAGAAUCCACACAGGAGAAAAACCGUAUCAAUGUGGUGAGUGUGGAAAACGCUUCAAUCAGAGCUCAAGCCUUAUAAUUCAUCAGAGAACCCACACAGGAGAAAAGCCCUAUCAAUGUGAAGAGUGUGGAAAAAGCUUCAACAAUAGUUCUCAUUUCAGUGCACAUCGGAGGAUACACACAGGAGAGAGACCCCAUGUGUGUCCUGACUGUGGAAAGAGUUUCAGUAAGAGUUCUGACUUACGUGCACAUCAUAGGACCCACACAGGAGAGAAACCCUAUGGGUGUCAUGACUGUGGCAAGUGCUUCAGUAAAAGCUCCGCUCUUAAUAAGCACCGAGAGAUCCAUACACGAGAAAAACUUCUGUCACAGUCAGCACCUAAGUAAGCCCCUGAGAAUUUAAAGAAAAGAUAAAUGCAUUGAAAUUCUUUGAAAAAGGCAUCUAAUAGUGAUGGUCUCCUAUUCCCUGCCCAA